CAUUAUUUGACCUAAAUACGUAAUUGGGCCAUUGAGAAGAACACGGAAAUCGUGCAAUGUCUCCUCUUUUGUAGGUGAACCAAAAGCAUGAAGAAUUUUGCCAAACUGAGCAGUUUGUUAAUACAGUUAGGAACGGAAGCUCUGCAAUGUUUCUUUGUCCAGCACAUUCUCCAGGGGUUAACAUUGAAGCAGUUUCUGACAGCCAAUGCAAAGUUGUUAACAGGUUUUUACAAACCCCAAAGAGGACAAAGACGUCUUCUGGCCCACCCUCAGUACACAUUACUGUUUCCACCAGGUGCCGCCGAUCCAGAUAUCAAUACAUUUGACAUUACUUUGCUGUUCUUUUUAUUGCGACAAUUUUAUGAUCCAAAUAAUUAUUCCCCAAGGUGGAAAGGUUGGGAUAACCCACUGGUGGCGCACUCUAGUGGUGUUCCUCAACACCUGCAAGAUGCAGUGACAAUUAAACAUCAAAGAAACAAGAUAGCACAUCCCCAAACCACUGACAUUUCAGAUGCUGACUUUGACAACAUUUGGCAGACUGUUUCUGAUGCUGUUGUACGUUUAGGAGUCUGUCAGGAAAAAGUAGAUGAGCUGAAGAUAUCUUCAAUUGACCCUGAACAUGAGGAGGCAUACCAUAACGAAUUAAGACGACAGUAUCUUGAAGAAAAAGAACUGAAAGAAAUACUAGUGGAUAAAUUUGCUGAACUUUCCAAUCUUAUGAAGGAGAAAAAUUGCCUGUUUGAGUCAUCUUUCCAAUAUUCAUCCUUAAAUACAAGAUUUUUAUCCCAUGAGUCCGUGGAUCAUCAAGAACUUGUAGACACAGUUCAGAGUGAACUGAAGGACUGGUACCUGACCUCGACCACCAAGCUCAACCCUAUUCCAUGGUGUGAGGAAUUCAAUUCACUGCAUGUCGCUGAUGUUUUCACCAAUUUGGAAAUCUACAAAAGUUCCGAAAAUGUUCAGCUGGAAGACAUUUUCCGAGGCCCAACUGGGAAGGUUCCAAAGCGCCUAGUUGUAAGCGGCUCGCCUGGCUCGGGAAAGACAACCCUGUGUAGAAAACUGGCCUACGACUGGGCAAACCACGAUGCAAAACCAUACCAACUACAUGAAUUUCAGUUCCUGUUUCUUAUUGAAGCCAGGCACCUGAUAGGAAAGAUAGAAGAUGCUCUAUUUCAAGACCUUCUGCCGUCUGACGUUGUUAUGGACAAAGAUGCAUUUUUCAGAUAUCUUUCUUCCAAUCAAAGUAAAAUCCUGUUCAUUAUCGAUGGUUAUGAUGAGCUAAAGGAUGUCCGAUCCACAAACCUGAAGCAACUUAUAACGAAGAGGAUUUUCCGUCACAGCAGUGUCUUAAUAACAACCAGGCCUGAGUGCUUGCAAGAAUUGCUACAAUAUUCUGAAAAGCACAUGGUGAACAAAGGUUUCACAACAGAAAAUGCAAAACACUUUGUAAGGAAGUACUUUCCAGAGAAAGAGGGUCCUUUCAUAGAAAAGGUGUUCAGUUUUCUGGACACAAAUCGGUUUGUGAAAGAACUGGUCACUACUCCCUUGAACGUGGUUCUGUUAUGUAUCAUAUGGGAGGAUCAGGACUGUAAAGUGCCCGAUUCCAUGACUGAACUUUACCAGGAAAUAGUCUACUGUAUAGCUCGUCGGUAUUGCAGUAAACAUAACAUUCAGAUGCAUGGCAGUGACUUGCCUCAGGAAGUCCAGAGGUCCAUUUCCGAUGUUUGCCGGCUGGCCUACGAGGGCAUCCGUCAGAAUAUCUUAGGGUUUGAUGUCACAGAACUUGAUCGUUUGGGCGUAGGCACCGAUGCGAAGUCAUUAGGGUUUUUGAACAAAGAAUUAUCUGUAGCUCGUGUGCGUCGCACAGAGAUGUACAGCUUCCCUCACAAGUCUGUGCAAGAGUUUCUAGCUGCUAGCUGGAUACUUACACGCCCAUUAGCCGACUUCUUCUCCCAGCUGGAUGUUCCUCUGGCUAGGCGUAUCCUAAACAUACUCAUAUUUAUGGGUGGCCUCUAUGCCAAGCGGGGAGAUGAAGAAAACGCCAGAUCCCUCGUGAAGAUUUUGGUCGAUGAUUUUCCCGUAGAUUGGAAGUGGGAAGUGUUAGAAGAAAUGUACCAUGUAAACGUUCCUGUUGCUCUGUCGGGGUGCUUGCCUUGGAAGAUCACUUUAAAUCCCGAGUCUUCUUUCACGAAGGAACGAAUGACUCAGUGUUUGAUAUCACAUGAUGCCUUGAACCCUAAAAUAUUGAUAAUUGACGGUUCUGUUCGCAGGCAUUUUUCAGGAUUGACCCAACUGCUCAGAACUAAGCAAGAGGUCCCGUACUUAAAGUCAUUAUAUGUGAAAUUAACGCCAAAUUUAAAGGGUCUGGGAACAAUGGGAAGCACGUUCAACAUACCUUGCCCUCUUGGUAUUAAGACGAUGGUCCUGUCUCUGAAAUACCUCCGAAGUGUUGGAGUCAUUUCCUCAUUUGAUAGAAUGAGUUCAACAAGCACUUCUACUUUGGAGCAACUUUGUGUUCACGAAGAACCCGAAUCGACAGGCUGGGGAGUUGCAGUCCCUGGCCUUAAGAGUCCGGUCACGGAGAAUUUGGCGCACUUGUCCUUGGCAAAUAUACGCAUGAAUGACGCAGAGCUUGUGGGUCUCUUAGAGUCCGGACUGCGUGAAAGCCAUCACCUCGUUUGGCUGGAUCUGUCGCGGAACCGACUCUCUCUGACUGGUGUCCGCGAAGCUAUACAUUGUCCUUGGUUUAGAAAUCUGGUUUGCUUUGAUGUUUCUCGCAAUAAUGCAGAUGUUUGGGAUAUUUGGGGGAGUCUCUUGCAUUCUGGCAAUCUUGAGAAGACGUCACCUUUGUUGUAUUUAGGUCUGGCAGGCAACGGUGCUGUUAACCCAUGUCACAUGAAGAAGAUGUUGAGCGAUCUCUCCAAGAGCAGCAUUGUAGAACUCCACGUGCAUGCAGUAGUCGAUAGGCAAGUUUUCACGCGCUAUGAUCUAGGGUUGCGAUACCUUUGUAUAUGCAAAGUUGGCCAAAAGAGCCUUCCGUUGUGUCUGAAAGUAAACGUCCAGGUCCCCGACAGCAAUUAUGCUGACGAGAUUAGGGAGAGUAGUGACGAUCAUUUCAACACUAGAUCGAUGCAGCAGCCCAAUAGUUUGUGCCCAGUUUGCACUGGGAAGAGGUACGAGGACGAUGGCUAUGUAGCUGUGAGAGAUGUCUGCAAUGAGGUGAAGGCAGGUCAUGUCACAGAUCGAAGAAUAUUUACCAUUACUUAAAAGGAAAACCAUCUGGAUUAUACUGUAUGUCGGUGAUACUUCAUUUGAAUGAGCCACCCAGGUAUUACCGUGGCAUUAUCUCUUACAUACAAUCUGUUGCUACAUGGCCAGUUUUGUCAAGAAGUACGUCCUUUGUUUAUUUUUGAAAGUAAGUUAAGAACCAGCUGACAAUGCUUGAGUACUUUAGUUUAGGCAUUGGGACAAUCCAGUGGAAAUUACUUACACUAACGGCAGGGGAAUUUGAUAUUGAUAUACGUAUUCUUUUUGAAGGGAUGCCCAAAACCUGUUGCAAAUUAUUUAAUUGACCUCAAUUUACUGAAAUCUCUAGACUGACGCCAAGCUACUCCGGUAACUUGAUAUUUGAUAACAGUACAGCUUGCAUUUGAUAAAAAAUUUCAGUUAGUUAUAUUGCAAUUUUUUUGCAUUUUACAAAAAUGAAUGAAUAAAGCGCUCAACUCCGUGUAUUUUGUAAUACAUACAUUUACAUCGUAUAUGUUUUAUAGUAAGAUGUGUAUCUGGGAUAUAUUUAUAUGGACUAACUUUUAUUGCCAAAUAAAUUUUAAUAACAUUUAUCUUAUAUGUUUUAUAUAAGCUGUGUAUCUCGGAGUUAUUUAUUGGACUAAAUAAAUUUUAACUGCAAUUAACAAAACCGUGAAGUGUUUCUUUUUUACGUUAACUAUCUAUAAUUACUACGGUACACAUGUUGCUAGAGCGAUAUACAUGAA